GUACAGUGUACAGUACUCCGUAGGAACUAAAGUUCCCAAGAUAGGAGGCGGUGUGCGACAGAAAAUCACACCCAAGACCAAACAAUUUAUGGACUAUCUGCGCACUCUCCUGACCCCUCCAUUCUCCUUCUCGACUCUUAUACUUCAUCACUCUCGCCCUCUCUCCUCUUUGUGUCCUGUCUAAGAUCUAAAUCAACUUCAUCAUGGCCUCCGACAAGCUGAUCUCAUAUGAAGACUACCAAGGCUGUCUCACUGCCUACUUUGAGUGGGCGGAGAGCUAUGACUCCAAGGACUGGGAACGCCUGCGAAAAAUCGUCGCACCCACCGUCCGCAUUGACUACCGCUCUUUCUUGAACAAACUCUGGGAGGCCAUGCCUGCCGACGACUUUAUCAAGAUGAUCUCCGACCCCAAGGUCCUCGGCGACCCUCUCCUCAUGACUCAACAUUUCUGCGGUGCCUCCAAGUGGGAAAAGGUCAGCGACACCGAGAUCAUCGGCCACCACCAACUCCGCGUCCCCCACCAGAAGUACACCGACGCCUCGCGCACAAAGGUCAAGGUCAAGGGUCACGCCCACUCGUACAACAUGCACUGGUACAAGAAGGUGGAUGGCGUCUGGAAGUUCGCCGGUCUCAACCCAGACAUCAGAUGGGGCGAGUACGACUUUGACAAGGUCUUUGCUGAAGGCCGCGAAGAGCUCGGCGAGGAAGAGGCCAAGAAGGUGGCACAGGAAGCCCAGGGCAUUCCAGCUGCGUAGAGUGGCAGAGGAACCUGGUUAACUGGCAUACGACUAGACCGAGUGCAAGGGAGUCAACUGGACAGGCCGCGACCAAAGGUAAAGGCUGGACUUUGAUAAUCCAAGGAUUUAAUGAAUACGAAGAAUUACAAGGUCUCGCAAAUGCUCACUCUAUCGUCUUCUCAAUGUGGCCAAGCUCCCAUACAGACUGAUAUUAGGGGCCAGAUGUCCUCGAUUGGCCGUGAAUGAGGGUACUAGAUUUGUCUCAGAGAAGAAGAUGUGAGCUGGACUGGCGACAUGAGUUACGUGUAG